CCUCCUCCUUAAGCGAGAGCUGCAGUCGCUGCUUCUCCCGCCGAGCGCUGAGUUGGAGGCAAUGGCGGCGGCGGCGAAACCGAAGCCUCUAGCCGCGCCUUAAGGAAGCUCAAAGUGGAGUAGGUAGUUCUUUCCGCCCACCUCCCUAUUCUGUCUGCAGUGACUGGUCCCCAAGGUCGCAGCUGAGUGGGGAAUUUGAAGCUCUGAAGUUGCCCCAGCCCUCUUGUAGGAGACACCCACCUUUGAAUUGGCUUGCACUUCCAUCCCGUGAAGUGGCCAGAUCCUGGCGUGCUAGUUUCCACAGCCAUGGCAACGCAAGAGAAGAAGCCAGAUUCAGAAUCAACCAAAACACAAUCGACACCCUCCUCUUCAACCAAUCAGAGCAAGCCUGCCCCUGUAAAACCAAACUAUGCCCUCAAGUUCACGCUGGCAGGACAUACCAAAGCUGUCUCAUCAGUGAAAUUCAGUUCCAAUGGGCAGUGGCUGGCCAGUUCUUCGGCCGAUAAGCUUAUAAAAAUCUGGGGCGCCUAUGACGGCAAAUUUGAGAGAACCAUAUCCGGCCACAAGCUGGGAAUCUCUGAUGUCGCUUGGUCAUCUGAUUCAAACCUCCUUGUAUCUGCUUCAGAUGACAAAACGCUCAAAAUUUGGGAUGUGAGCUCGGGGAAAUGCUUGAAAACCCUGAAGGGGCACAGCAACUACGUCUUCUGCUGCAAUUUCAACCCGCAGUCCAACCUCGUCGUCUCAGGAUCGUUUGAUGAGAGUGUGAGGAUAUGGGACGUCAAAACCGGGAAGUGCCUAAAAACCCUGCCAGCCCAUUCUGACCCGGUUUCAGCGGUGCAUUUUAACCGUGAUGGCUCCCUGCUAGUGUCCAGCAGCUAUGAUGGCCUCUGCCGAAUCUGGGAUACAGCAUCAGGACAGUGUUUGAAAACACUGAUUGAUGAUGACAAUCCCCCUGUGUCUUUUGUGAAGUUCUCUCCCAAUGGCAAAUAUAUUCUAGCGGCAACGUUGGACAACACUCUUAAGCUUUGGGACUACAGCAAAGGAAAGUGCCUAAAGACCUACACAGGCCACAAGAACGAGAAGUACUGCAUCUUUGCCAACUUCUCGGUUACUGGUGGAAAGUGGAUCGUGUCUGGUUCAGAGGACAACCUGGUUUACAUUUGGAACCUCCAAACGAAAGAGACUGUACAGAAGCUGCAAGGGCAUACAGAUGUUGUGAUCUCUACAGCCUGCCAUCCAACAGAGAACAUCAUUGCCUCAGCAGCUCUAGAAAACGACAAAACAAUUAAACUUUGGAAGAGUGACUGUUAAAAUGCUUUCAGCAUCACUUCAGAGACUGCUGGGGUGGGUCUGGAAAACAUAGGGGUAUUUUGUGUUUGUGUUUGUUGAAGACCCAUUUGCCAGGAAACAAAGCAACCUUUGAGAAGAUGAUAUCUCCUAGUCUUGGCCCAAAGAACUUCUCUCUUUGACUUGACUCCAAACUGGGCAAAUAUAGUUUUUUUUUGGGGGGGG